GCCUCGAGGGCCCUAACGCGGUCUUCUUAGUCGUACAAAGACAUCACCAAAUGGCGGAUGCAGAACCAGCCGGUGGUGCUCGCGGAGGUUUUCGUGGUGGAUUCGGUGGCCGUGGUCGCGGACGAGGCCGUGGUCGUGGCCGAGGAAGGGGUCGUGGAAGGGGUAAAGCCGAAGAUAAGGAGUGGGUGCCUGUAACCAAGCUUGGCCGCUUGGUCAAGGACAUGAAGAUCAAAACUUUAGAGCAGAUCUAUCUCUUCUCUCUUCCAAUUAAGGAACAUGAGAUUAUUGAUUUCUUUCUUGGUUCUCACCUGAAAGACGAGGUUCUGAAAAUCAUGCCAGUACAAAAACAGACAAGAGCUGGUCAGCGUACACGUUUCAAGGCUUUUGUUGCCAUUGGUGACAGCAGUGGACAUGUUGGUCUUGGUGUAAAGUGCUCAAAGGAGGUAGCCACAGCUAUUCGUGGUGCAAUUAUUCUUGCCAAACUAUCUGUCAUUCCUGUACGUCGUGGCUACUGGGGUAACAAGAUCGGUCAGCCUCAUACUGUACCUUGCAAGGUGACAGGAAAAUGUGGUUCAGUACGUGUACGUCUUAUUCCGGCACCAAGGGGAACUGGUAUUGUGUCUGCUCCUGUCCCCAAGAAACUGCUUCAGAUGGCUGGUAUCGAGGAUUGUUAUACCUCAGCACGAGGACAGACUGCCACUUUGGGAAAUUUUGCCAAGGCUACAUUUGCCGCCAUCUCCAAGACCUUCUGUUACCUGACCCCAGACAUGUGGAAGGACACUGUGUUUACCAAGGCACCAUACCAGGAAUUCACAGACUUCCUGGCAAAGAAUCACUCAGGACAGAGAGCUGUUACCAAGGAUCAAGCCAUGAAACAAUAGUCAAACUUAGUAAGAAAGACUGAAAUAAAGUGCGAUGGAAACAUGAA